AUGAAGUGGGAGAAGAACUAUGAAAGUUCAAAAAGGCACUUUGUUUUUUAUUGGAAUAUACCCACAGGGGUAUAUGAGGUUAGAUCUAUACAAGUUGAUGGUACUGGUGGUAAUCCUCAUUUUGUUUCACUAAAUGAAAGAAAAUUUGAUUGUGGAAAAUGGGUUAAUUUGCAUUUCCCAUGUUCACACGUCAUGAAGGUUACUGGUAGAAUGGGAGAGCUAGCUAGAAACUUUAUUAGUGAACAUUUCACUGUAGAGAAUUAUGUUGCAACAUAUUCUGGGUCCUUCUCACCGGUGUAUUGGCCAUCUCCUAAUUUUAGAAUGGCAAGUAAUGAAUUCUAUCGUCCUCUCAAUCGAACAAGGAACAAUAGAAUACCCAACGAGAUGGAUCGUGGUGCUGCUGUAUAUGAGUGA